CUGUAGUGCGGGCGCCAUGUCGCGGCGGAGGUGGCGCGGUUCGCAGAGCGGCGAGGGCGGCGGCGGCGGCUCGGGACGCGGCGGAGAGAUGGUGAAGAUGGCCGGCGGAGGCGGAGGAGGCGGGUCGGGGCGCUACUAUGGGGGAGGCCCUGACGGCGGCCGCGCGCCCAAGCGCCAGAAAACGGAAAACGCGGAUCACGGCCCGGGAGGAGCGGCCGGCGGAGGCGGGGAGAACUAUGAUGAUCCCCACAAACCAGCUGCUUCCCCUGUCGUCCACAUCAGGGGCCUGAUCGAUGGUGUUGUGGAAGCUGACCUUGUAGAGGCCCUGCAGGAAUUUGGCCCCAUAAGCUAUGUGGUGGUGAUGCCCAAAAAGAGGCAGGCUCUGGUGGAGUUUGAGGAUAUCUUGGGAGCCUGCAACGCUGUGAACUACGCAGCUGACAACCAGAUCUACAUCGCUGGGCACCCAGCCUUUGUCAACUACUCCACCAGCCAGAAGAUUUCACGCCCCGGCGACUCGGAUGAUUCUAGGGGAGUCAACAAUGUUCUUCUCUUCACCAUCCUGAACCCCAUCUACUCCAUCACAACGGAUGUGCUGUACACCAUCUGCAACCCAUGUGGCCCAGUGCAGCGGAUUGUUAUCUUCCGAAAGAAUGGUGUCCAGGCUAUGGUGGAAUUUGACUCUGUGCAGAGCGCUCAGAGAGCAAAAGCUUCUUUGAAUGGGGCUGACAUUUAUUCUGGAUGCUGUACUCUGAAGAUUGAAUACGCAAAGCCAACCCGCCUGAAUGUGUUCAAGAACGACCAAGACACAUGGGACUACACCAACCCCAACCUCAGUGGACAAGGUGAGCCAGGUGGGAACCCAAACAAGCGUCAGAGGCAGCCUCCUCUCCUUGGGGACCAUCCAGCUGAAUAUGGUAAGAAGCUGGCACAUCAGCAUCCAGGGGAACAAACGCUGGCGCUUCUCCAGCCUCGCCUUGAGCUCUUGAUGUUUGUUCCCUCCCCAGGAGGACCUCACGGUGGCUACCACGGGCACUAUCACGAUGAAGGCUAUGGCCCUCCACCGCCUCAUUAUGAAGGGAGGCGGAUGGGCCCACCUGUCGGGGGCCGCCAUAGGGGGCCGAGCCGCUACGGGCCUCAGUAUGGACACCCCCCUCCUCCACCCCCACCCCCAGAGUAUGGCCCCCAUGCUGACAGCGCAGUCCUGAUGGUGUAUGGCUUGGAUCAGUCCAAGAUGAACUGUGACAGAGUGUUCAACGUCUUCUGCCUGUACGGAAACGUGGAAAAGGUGAAGUUCAUGAAGAGCAAGCCUGGAGCUGCCAUGGUGGAGAUGGCUGACGGUUAUGCGGUGGACCGAGCAAUCACUCACCUGAACAACAACUUCAUGUUUGAUCAAAAGCUGAAUGUAUGUGUUUCCAAGCAACAGGCCAUCAUGCCUGGCCAGUCUUAUGGCCUGGAAGACGGUUCAUGCAGCUACAAGGAUUUCAGUGGCUCUCGGAACAACAGGUUUUCAACCCCAGAGCAAGCAGCCAAGAACAGGAUCCAGCACCCCAGUAACGUGCUUCAUUUCUUCAAUGCUCCUCUGGAGGUGACAGAAGAUAACUUCUACGAGAUCUGUGAUGAACUGGGGGUGAAGAGACCAGCUUCAGUCAAGGUGUUUUCGGGGAAAAGUGAAAGGAGCUCCUCUGGCUUGCUGGAAUGGGAAACCAAGGGUGAUGCCCUGGAGACUCUGGCAUUCCUCAACCAUUACCAGAUGAAAAACCCAAAUGGGCCGUAUCCGUACACACUGAAACUGUGCUUCUCGACUGCUCAGCAUGCCUCGUAAAUUUCGUUUGGCUCCUGCCAAGGAAGACUUCCUCCGUUACUCUUUUUGUGUGUGUGGGUUUUUUCAAAGUGCCCUGCAUUCCUUUUUUUAAAAAAAGAAAGAAAAAGCUUAAGUAGAGGCUGCCUGCAGCUAUGUCAGCUGGGAAGAAGAAGAAGCCCUGUGGAGUUCGGGCGACAUUUUAAAACUAUUGUACAUGUGACUUGUUCCCCCCACCCCCCCAGUCUUACAAUGUGCUGCCUGUGCAACUUGGCACACCUUAAUAAAGCUGUUUGGAAAAUA